AAUAAAAAAUGUUCAAUUAGAUAAAAAAAAAAAGAAUUUAGUAUAGGUACGUGCGUAUCCAACGAGUAACGGCACCGAUUAUGCAAUCAAAAUCUUCGACCAUUUUACCAAAGAGUGCUUAGAGUUGAUGUUAAAACAUACGUCUAGUCGAAACGAAUUAAGACAAUUUGGAUCAUUCAGUGAUUCUGAGCAAAAAGAUAACUUGACAAAUGAAUAUUUCGAAGACACUUUUCACUCAACUUUUGAAAACGAAUUGCAAUUUGAAUUGACAAAUGAAGAGAGUGAAACAGCAGAUAAUGGCGAAUUAUAUGAAAAUACAACGAAAACCAAAGAUCAGAAACAUAAACAGCCAAAUGCUACUCGUUUAAAAAGAAAUCGAUCUUUACAAAUAGCUAUGGGAGAAGCUGAAGAGAUUACAGAAGAAGUUCGGCUUAAUAAUUCUAAACUUGUUAUUCAUAGGAGAAAACCGUUAAAACAAAAUACCAGAUUUCUUGAAAGCCUCUCACCGAGCAUUGAUGAGAAAUAUUUUGAGAAUGGUAAUUCCAGUAAAAACAACUGGUCAAAUGUAAGUGAAAGUGGAGUCAGCGAUUUGUCGAACAGUGAAAACGAAGGUUAUAAAAUAGAAACAAAUCAAGCUUUUCCAUCUUACCGAUUAUCGAACGUGGUAAGUCAAAAGAAAAGCUUUAGUGCCUUCUUAGAGCCCAAUUCAACCCAAAAUAGUUUAAAAAAUAACCCUGGAAAACAAAAUGGCGGGGAAAAUCAUUACAAAUCUGAAAAGAUGCCCUCUUACUAUAAUCGUCAAAGUCAAUUUACUCCGACUUUUAUCGGAAAUACCGGAAGCUCUUCAAGAUUGUCAAAAAACUCUACGAUGCCAGCAAAACUUGCCCCCGACCAACAUAAUGUUCUAGGUAGAAGCAGCGUAAAUAGAACUUCUUCUUACAGUCUUUCUGGUUCAAACAGCAAUGUAAAAAACUUAGAGAUACCUUUCGUGGCAAACAGAGACUUAGACCAAUCAAAACACAAAGCAAAUAAUCUUGCGUAUGAAAAUAGUAUUAUGAAGCCAUCCACUGAAAAAUCAAUUGUUUUAGAAAAUAAAUACUCGGACAACAAACGAUCUCGUGAUAUCUGUUUUGUAACAACAGAACAAAAUACAAACGUUGCAACACUAAAAGUGGAAAAAACUAAAUGGAUUUUAGCUAUAUUGAUAUUAAUUGUUGCUGUUUUUUGCGCAGUUGGGGGUUUUAUUCAUUAUUAUGUUGGGCAUUAUCCAGAAAAAGAAUAUCUUAAUCAGGCCGAUGUCUUGCUUUUAGACUCUUUAUCUGAAUUUUGUGGUGGGAUAACAGCAAAAUCUAGCGAAGAGAGUGGAAUUCGAAUAAUUAAUUUUAAACUCAUUACUAAUCAAAAUACACUUAAAUAUGCAAAAAGCGAACGAGCAACAAUUUUUCCCUCUUCUUUUUGGAAAAGACAAUUUAAAUUUCUCAAAGGGAGUUAUGUUCGAUUCAAAAUAGUUACCGAUGACGAAAUAGAAAUGUUUGUGUUUGUCGGAGAACAAAACUUUACUAUUUGGUCGCAAAGGAAAGAGUCGGAAACAUAUCUUAAAAUAAAAUCGUGCUGCUCUAGCUCAAAAAAGAAUGAAGGUGAACUGGAAUUAGUAGCUGAAAGAGAUGACGUGUAUAUUUUUACUUUAUUUAAUGACAUCCAAGUUUUACCGGUUAAUGUAUAUAUAGAGUUAGAAUUUCAUAGAAAAAACUACGACUUUACUCAAACUGUUGCCACCUGUACAUCAAAUAAUAAAAACUCUUGCUUCUUACCUGUUCCAUUUAACAGCAACAAUAGAAUAGCUUUAGAAGUACCUUUAGCUAAUGAACCCGGAGUAAUAUCAAAAAGUAAAGAAGUUGAAUGGAAAUGUGAAGCCAGAGUGUGGCUUUUUUGUUUAGUAUACAUUGGGGGUUUUCUCGCAACAGCAAUAGUAAUUAUUUUGGUGCGAUAUUUUUAUAUGAGAAUUCAACUACGUCGUACUUUUUUAAAGAGUCAAACUAAAUAUGUGCCGAACGAUAAAUAUAUACCAAAUUAUUCUAGUUACUAUGAUAAUUUUGGCCAGGGAGCAUUUACAGUUGGGAACAAUUAUUUAGAAAAUAACAUGACUGAUAUCUCAUCUAGAUCAUUAAACAGUGCAUCAAGAUUAACAAACAAGACACCUUCAAGAUUGACAAACAGAACAUCAUCAAGGUUAACAAACAGCUCAAGAUAUAUGUCAGGGUGGAAUACUGAGAGAACCGAUGUUGUCUCUGCAUGCAAUGUUAAAAAUAAAUCAGUUUCUGGAAUAUACGAUGAACAAAAAAUAGAUCAAACAGAUAGUGGUAUAUCUGAUGACCAAGAAUAUAGCCCUAUUGUUACUCAGUGUUCGACACCAAGUAUUCAUCAACCAGUUGAACCAUUAAACUCUUCAGCAAAAAAUAACCUAAUGCUUUUGCAAGACUUAAAAUUCGAUGAAGUAAAUUCUAUAAAAUAUCAAAGAAGGGCUCAGCUUGUUGCUGGUCCACGCGUUGAAAACAUUAUUCAAAAAAAAAAUCUCUCUGAAGAUGGUUUAUAUUUUCAAAAUUCACAAUAUCUUUAUCCUUCGGACAAUGAAAGAUCAAAAUAUGAAUAUCAGACUUUAAACAAAAGUUUUCAUAACCAAUGUUUUGAUAACGAUCAACUUUUAUUCGUUUAGAAUUAUUUUAUCAUUUUUUUUGAAAAAAAAUGGAGAACUUUUUUCUCAAGAAAAAUUUUUUGCUCGUAUGACGCCGAUAGGUAACAACAUAGUCUGGUCUCAGUUCCUAAAAAAAAGUAAAAAAGAAAAUUAAAUUUUUCUCACCCGAACUGAAUGGAAACGAAAAAAAAAGCGUCUCGUGGCUUAGAUUUUUUUUUUCAACAAGUCAUUUUUAUUAAACUUUGUAACCUUCCAUAAUGUAACAGAAUUGCUAAACAUGGUUUAGAACAUUAUUUUUAUAGCAGUUGUCUCAUUACUCUUUGUAAGAAUACAAUUAGAACAACUUUAAAAAGACAUGUAAAAGUUAUUAAAAGUGUUAUUUUUGUUUAA